CUUCAUCCGUAUCGUCUCGUCCGUUCACUAAGCCCAUCACCAUGUCGACCGUUGCAGCUGCCCGCUAUGGUAAGGACAAUGUUCGAGUCUACAAGGUCCACAAGGACCCGAAGACUGGAGUUCAGACCGUCACUGAAAUGACCGUCUGCGUCCUCCUGGAAGGUGAAAUCGAUACUUCCUACACCAAAGCCGACAACAGCGUCAUCGUCGCAACAGACUCCAUCAAGAAUACCAUCUUUAUUCUGGCCAAGCAGAACCCCGUCACGCCUCCCGAGCUCUUUGGCUCCAUUCUUGGUACCCAUUUCAUCAACAAGUACAAGCACAUCCACGUCGCGCAUACCAACAUCAUCACGCACCGCUGGACCCGCCUUAACAUCGACGGCAAACCACACUCACACUCCUUUGUCCGCGACAGCGAGGAAACCCGCAACGUGCAAGUCGACGUGACCGAGGGCGUCGGCAUUGAUAUCAAGUCCUCAAUCAACAAGCUCACCGUGCUCAAGAGCACGGGUUCGCAAUUCUGGGGCUUCGUCCGCGACGAGUACACAACACUCCCCGAAGUAUGGGACCGCAUCCUUAGUACCGAUGUUGAAGCGACGUGGGCAUGGAAAAGGUUCUCUGGGCUGGAUGAGGUCCGUGGGAAUGUGCCCAAGUUCGAUGAGACUUGGGAGGCGGCGCGGAACAUUACGCUCAAGACAUUUGCCGAGGAGGAGAGUGCUAGUGUCCAGGCGACUAUGUACAAGAUGGGCGAGCAGAUUCUAGCGUACCAGCCGCUUCUUGAGACUGUCGAGUACUCGUUGCCGAAUAAACAUUACUUUGAGAUUGAUCUGAGCUGGCACAAGGGCCUUAAGAACACGGGCAAGGAUGCUGAGGUGUUUGUUCCCCAGACAAACCCUAACGGACUGAUCAAGUGCACUGUCGGCCGGAAGUCCAAGGCUAAGCUAUAG